AUGACAAGUCCAGGCUCGACGUCCACCGCGCUCGUGCGCAAGCGAGAAGCGGCGGAAAUGGAACUCAUGCCUCCGCCCCCGCCAGCAAAGAAGAUAAAGCGACCAAAGCAGGUGCUCGACGAGGAGACCUACACAGAUGCCCUGUCGAAGAUCAUCGCCCGCGACUUCUUCCCCGGGCUCCUGGAGAGCGAGACACAGCAAGAAUACUUGGAUGCAUUAGAUUCAAAUGAUCGCCUAUGGAUUCAUAGUGCCGGCCGUCGCCUCAAACAGGUCAUGACUCCCGGCCGACAGAGGCUAAGGCGACCAGUACAGACCCAGCCAGGAGGUCAGACGCCGGUGGGCGCCGGGGGAGAUACACCAAUGUCCACGGUAUCUGCUGUAACUGCGGCUUCAGAAGUGCGUGCGGCACCCGAGGUCGACACGAACAUGAGCCUCGGCGCGUUCCAGGGAAAAUACACCAGCGAAGACAACGAGAGUUUCUACAAGCUUCUGGACAAACAAAACCAGAAGAGGGCAGGGAAAUACGGCUGGCUUUGGCGAGGCAACAAGCUCCCAUCGAAACAAGAGUUGAAGCAGAUGGAGAUCAAGGCGAAGCUGGCGGCAGGGGGGCGGUCGAUGGUGGAUGAUGGUUUCAGGAAGGACAGACUUGCAAUCAAGGACAAGGACGAUAGGCCUGCGGUGCCAGACACGUGGAAGUCCGAUCCAAAGAACGGCCUUAUGUUCAAUCCGGAGAGCUUUGAUGAGUCGAGAGUGGAUACGGUGGCUUUGCGCUCGCAGGAGGCGUCCCGCGCAGGACCGAAGACAAUCGUGUACGCGAACACGAGGAUGCCAGGCCUAGCCAUCGCGCCCGACACAGCGCGACCACCAUCCCCGACCCUAUCUGCGGUCAGAGAUGCCAUUGCAGGCCGAAGGAGGCCCGGGGACCAGAGCUCGACUAUCAUUGAGGGAGACGAGACUCCACGUGUCAACGGAUAUGCCUUCGUGGACGACGAGGAACCCGAGCCAUCGGCUCCGGUUUUGCCUGUCAUCGAUCUGGGCCCUGGUGAUGAGACAACGAACCCCUUCAAGAUCCAGGAGCAGGGCAAGCGGGAAAGUUUACAUCACCGCAUGGUAGACCGAAUAGCUCAAUCGAAGCGAACGUCGGCAAAAGUUGGUUUUGUAGGCAAGGUUGAGAAAACACCGGUCCCGAAGUUCCCCAAUAGCCCACGAGUCUCAGGAGGGUUGACACCUGCUGCCCAGCGCCUUUGGAGUCAAGUGGGUGGGACGAGUCGGGCCUCAAGCAGGACUCCAUUUGCAGGGACAGUCACACCGAGGAGCAAAAAGUCUGGACUCAAGAACAUGACGAUGGGAUGA